UGAAGAACAGCGUCUCACCUCUACCUCUGUUUGAAUGGAAAUAUCGGUUACCCACCCAGACUUAUUUGAUAACAGAAGGACUUCAAGCAUACUUCGGAUUAUACUUCGAAGAAUACAUUGAAUUUCCAUAUAAUCAGAAAACAAGAGAGCCGUUACACCAUGAGAUAUCAUACACAAGCUCUUCUAAUGAUCGUCAUGGUUUUUGCCAUUGAUCGUUCAUCAGCGGCACCGCUUGCCUUACAGAAUGAAGCGCUGCCAUAUGGCGACGAUGUAAUGACUAUAAACAUGGAGAUGAUAAGUCCAGAUGCUGAAAUAAGUGAAGUAUACGACCAAGAAUUUGAGAUCGAACUCGAUCUGAAUAUCAACGCAAACGGGUUUAUGAUGUAUGAUUUCUAAGCUAUACGAGCCAGGAAGGAAGUGCGAGGGUUUGAGCGGCAUGGGAUCUCCGUUCAGUAUCUACUCUUAACUAUCAACGUACAUGGCAUGUGAGAAGGCGUCAUUAGCUCUAAUCAGGACAAAAGUACCUUCAAUAUGGUGCACGUUGAACUUGGAGCGUGUAUACCUAUUGCAGUUCUCUUCUCUGGCUUUGAUCUUUGAACAUCAUUGGUGAUAAGGCGCCUCCGCCUGUACGCUUACUGUGUUGGCAACAUGCGGUGGAAUUGAGUGGAAAGUGCGUAAAAUAUGCACUAGUAAGCUGUGGAUGUUGAUAUCGAUACGACUCCCAGUCAGAUUUGGUAAAUAUAGGGUAGAUCGCUUUAACGCGUGUCUAAGGGGAUGAAUUUAGUAGUGUACAUAAAAUAAAUGCCUA